AUGACAUCCGCAGCACAUGUUGGGUCUAAUCUCAAUGCUAUGGACAAAUUCAUGUCCAAUGGACACAAUCAUCUUCAUGUUCAGGAUAAGCAUGUCUUUCCUCCGGGUGAACGUCCUGACAUGUCCCAGGUCUGUCAUUCUUAUACAUUUCCAGUCAUUGACCUCAAAGAUUUGGAUGCGCCUCAUAGAAUAAACGUAAUCAAUGACAUUAGCCAGGCAUGCGAGGAGGACGGCUUCUUCCAGAUCAUUAACCAUGGAGUGCCAGAAACUGUGAUGAAAAGCAUGAUGGGCAUUGCCAAAGAGUUUUUUGAAAUGCCUGUGGAAGACAGUGUUUGUUUCCAUUCAGAGGAUCCAAGGCAAGCUGUCAGGGUUACCACGAGCUUCAAUGUCACCAAAGAUGAAUUAUUUGACUGGAGGGAUUAUCUAACACACCCAUGUCAUCCGCUGGAGGAAUUCAUCAAUUCAUGGCCCCAAAAGCCUGCACUUUACAGAGAUGUUGCAGGGAAGUAUGCCAAGGAGAUAAGAGUACUGGUUCUAAGGCUUUUGGCUGCAAUUUCUGAAGCUCUCGGACAAGAUUCUGAUUAUUUGAAUGCAAUGUUUGGCAAGCAUAUCCAGAUGCUGCACAUAAAUUACUAUCCUGCAUGCCCAAAUCCAGAUCUUACCUUUGGUGCAGCACCUCAUUCAGAUCCAGGUGGCAUUACCGUUUCGAUGCAAGGUGAUGUGAGUGGCCUGCAAGUGCUAAAAGAUGGGAAAUGGUUUGCAGUAGAACCAAUACCCAAUGCCUUUGUGGUCAAUGUGGCUGAUCAAAUUGAGGUCAUAAGCAAUGGAAGAUUCAAAAGCGCCGAGCACUGGGGCAUAACCAAUACAACCACUGCACGCAUCUCUAUUCCCACCUUCUAUGGGCCUUCGUCUGAUGCCUUCAUCGCUCCUGUAGCAUCCAUGGUGGAUGAGGAGCAUCCGGCUUUACACAGAGGAUAUAAAUUUGAAGAAUACAUGAAGGCAUUCUGGAGCCAAGGUUUGAAGGGUAAGAGCAUUUUGGAUCGCUUCAAGAUCGAAAUCAGUCCAUGAUUGAAAAAUGUGGUAUACAAUUGGUGUUGUUGGAACAUACAUAUACAUAUGUAUGGUACGUACAGUGGACACUAUCUGGUAUGUGAAAAGGUGAAAGAGUGAAGGAUUAUGAAUAUUAGAAAGGUAUUUAGUUAUAUGUUUGUGGGUAUUUGGAAGUAGUGCGAAAAUUUCAGUUAUAUCUAUAUAGCGCAAUGUAUCAUGAAUAUGUAACGGAGAAUGAAUACAAUGUAAUAAUUUUAAGUUUAUAUAUUCUAUUUAUAUAUUAUGUAAACUUUCAAGUUUUAUUACUGUUUUAUAUUCCUUCCAUUGAUAUCAGAGUUGUAGGGAGGCCCUAUGAGUGCAUAAAAACCAUUGCACUUGUUUGUUCCUGUGCGUUGAUGUGAGGGAGAGAUAUGCUAUUGCAGUUUGGAAGGACAGAAACACAGAGUUUAGAAAAGACACAUAGUUUAGAAAAGAAUUGUAUGCAAAGAGAAUCAGUGACAAGUUAGAGAAUAAACGUGAGGGUUUGAAUCGCUCCUAUGAAGAGCCGAUGAAUAUGUGCUGGUUAUUGAUCUACAGUUGUUCAGAUUGGAUAUAAAGGCAUAAAUUUGGUGAAAUUGCUUUCAACUUUCAUUGCUGGUCCUAAAGUUUUUGUUAUUUUACUA